AUUUUCCCUUUGUUGUAAUUCUUUGCCGACCGAUUGGAGUGGGAAGGAAGGACAUGGCAGGAAUGGAUGGCGGGUUCGAGAAGGAAGCAUGGAAAUCUCAUGCCUCCAUGGCUUUGGUUCAACUCAUCAAUGGAGGCUAUCAUGUAAUUACCUAAGUAGCCCUCAAUACUGGUAUCAACCAGUUUGUUUUCUGCGUCUUCCGUGAUCUUCUUGCUCUCUCAAUUCUUGCCCCCAUCGCCUAUUUUAGUGAAAAAAGGAUUCGACCUCCUAUGACUAAACGCCUCCUCCUAUCAUUCUUCUUUCUUGGGUUAACUGGGAUAUUCAGGAACCAGCUUUUAUUCCUCUUUGGUCUGAGCUACAGAAAUCCAAGUUAUGCCUCUGCCAUACAACCUUCAAUUCCGGUCUUUACCUUUCUCUUUGCUGUAAUGAUGGGUACAGAAAGAGUGAAUUUGCUCAAAACUGAAGGUCAAACAAAGGUUGGAGGUACCCUAAUCUGUGUUUCGGGCGCUAUAUUAAUGGCUGUGUUUCGAGGUCCGGCUUUGGUUGGACAGCCGACUGCAGACUUUGCUGUCCAAAAUGGCAUAAGUAUCAGGGGUCAACUAGAGCCUGCUGGAUGGCUUUUGUCUAGUUUUCUCGAGUUCGGACUUGAUCAUUGGCAUAUCGGAGUUCUAUGCUUGAUAGGGAACUGUAUUUGCAUGGCUGCUUUCCUGGCUAUUCAGGCUCCGGUUUUAGUCAAGUAUCCCGCCAACAUUUCCGUGACCGCGCUUUCCUAUUUUUUCGGUACUUUAUUGAUGCUAGUGACAUCAUUUCUGGACACCAACGAGUCAACAGAUUGGCUUCUGAAACAGUCUGAGCUUUUUGCCGUCGUGUACGCUGGAGUUGCAACAUCGGCUCUUAGCUAUGGACUCAUGACGUGGUCGAAUAAGAUCUUGGGGCCGGCUUUAGUGUCUCUCUAUAAUCCACUUCAGCCUGCAAUAUCAGCCUUUCUGUCGAGAAUUUUCCUGGGAAGUCCGAUUUAUUUGGGAAGUGUUAUCGGCGGAUUUCUGAUAAUCGUGGGUCUAUAUAUGGUCACUUGGGCAUCCUACAGAGAAAGACACAAGGCGACAGCCGUGAAGCCUCAGAUUGUUCAGUCAUCCGAACCACUUAUUCCGAAAUAUGCGUCAAGUAAGAAGAACCCGUCCCAGAGAGCUACGCAUCACGUUACAACAGAUGCUAAUAAACUCCUAAAUGUUUCUGAGUAUCGUGGCCCAUAUAAACUUUUAAUUAGGAAUGGUAUGCCUCUUGAUGUCGUUUUAGUUGGUGAUGCUCAUCUUGCUAGGGAUAAUGACGUUUUUAUUGAAUUUCAUACCAACCGAUGUUGUAUUCGAGAUGAAGCCACUAGAAAGCUACUGCUUCAAGGUGAAGAAAGUGAUGGUCUAUACUUUUUCGAUAUGAAUAAUAAACCCUCAGCAGUCCAAGUUGCACAAGCAAAUACAUGCAUUGGAUCAACUUCAAUGGAUGAACUUUGGCAUCAACCUCUUGGUCAUCUAACUGCUGAGACUUUAGCAAAACUAGCUGCUGAACUAAGAUUUAAAGUCAACUCUAAUGUAAAUAGAGAUUGUAUUGCAUGUCAUUUGGGCAAAAGUCAUAAAUUGCCCUUUAAUGAAUCAAAUUCAGUGGUAUCUUCUUCAUUUGAACUUGUGUACUCAGAUUUACGGAGGCCACCACAUGUAUCCUCUAAUGGCUUCAGAUUUUACAUCUCAUUUGUGGAUGCAUUCACUCGCCACACUUGGAUCUACUUGUUGAAACAUAAAGAUGAAACAUACAUAGCGUUUCAAUUAUUUAAGAAACUAGCAGCUAAUCAAUUUGGCAGUUCGAUCAAAGAACUACAAACAGACUGGGUGGUGAAUUUAGAAGCAUCUCAACGCUGCUAG